AUGGCGGAACAGCUAAUGGGAUCCACCAAGGAAGGGGAUCAAGGUGUCAAAGAUGGAGGGUUCAACGAUACGGUUGAAACCGAAGCACCUCUUACUGAAGAGCAACGCUACUUUGGCAAGCUGAUAGGGAACAUCAUCUGGGAGGAGGCGCGCAGCAGUGGCUUCGUGGAAGUAUUCCAACAAGUUCAGGGUAUCCCAACAACAGAGCAAAUCUCCCAGCUAGAGACUGCUAGCGCGGAAGCAACACGGAGCUCACGAGAGAAAAUAUCGUCCGCUCUCAACGUGCCAAUCCCAGCGAAAAGCGGAGGCAACCAAAUCCAUACGGCCCUGCUCGGCGCCAUGAUCCGCGCUUUGGGGUGUCCGGACAGGGAAUUCGAGAAAACGGCAUCUGACGGAGUCCCAAUAGGCCUCAGCAAAGAUAUUCCUUUCUGUCCGCUCUAUCCACGUUACGAACCACGCGAAUACGACCUCUACCCCAUCUUAAAGGAGCAUCGCAACUAUGGGUCGAUGGAUCUCCCCGAAGUCUUUGACCCG